AUGGCCUCGUCCUCCGAUCUGCCGCCAGGAUGGGAAGCCCGGGUCCAAGAUGACGGGAGGGUGUAUUACGUCGAUCACAUCAACAAGAUCACCACCUACGACAAGCCCCAAGCUCCGCCCCCCCCCGGCUGGUCCGUCAAGACCACACCUUCGGGCCAGGUGUACUACGAAAACCACGUCACGAAGACCACCCAGUGGGAACGUCCUGUCGCCCCCGUCGCCGCCCCCGCGCCGGGUGUGAGCCCAGGAGGCUGGUCCGUCAAGACCACACCUUCGGGCCAGGUGUACUACGAAAACCACGUCACGAAGACCACCCAGUGGGAACGUCCUGUCGCCCCCGCCGCCGCCCCCGUGCCGGGUGUGAGCCCAGGAGGAAAAGAUAUUGUGGAGGAGGGCGGCGCUAUGCUGCGCCGCUUUGCUGAUCGUUCGGGGCUGCAGAAGGAGCUCCAGGGCUUCAAGAAACAGCUGCAGCCCCUCAAGGCGCAGUUGAAGGAGGGGUUGAGGACUGGCGUUGAAGAAGCACAGAGAAAGAUAAACGAAGGCAAGCAAGCCUCGGCGGCAUCAUCAGUGCCGAUGGCGGGCCACUCCUCAGGCAACACCGGUGAUGGCGCCUCUGCUGGACAUCACCACCGCACCCCCCAGCAAGAACUAGAACGGCACCUCAUCGCCGAGGAGAGGAGGAGAGCGCAAGCCCAAAUGAAUGCCGUGACGAUCGCGAACAACCAAAAGAGAAUAAACGCUAACCUCCGAGCAGGUGCGGGAAUCCACUUUGGACCAACCAAGAGAGUGUGGGUCAAAGAAGACACCUCCCCUUACGGUGGUGCCGGCAUCAAGUUUUGAUUCGGGUGGUUCCGGCAUCCGAAUGCCGUAGGUCAAUGAAGCGUGAAACUGCUAGAUCUGCAGCCUUUCCGCGGUCCAUCACGGUGCCUCGUCGAGCGGGUCUAUUCACUCCGUCGUUGCCUUAACCUUCACGAGAGGCAUUCCGCCGUAGAGGGCUCGUUCUUUCACGGCGAAAUCGUGAGUGGGAGAAAACGAAAUAUUUGUGCACAUUAGAUGGGUCGAACAAGAGAAAUAACGGGGGGCAGACGGAAAAAACUGGUCGAGCAUUCGAAGGAACGGGAUUGGCCGUGGUGUUUGUAGGUAGAAUGAAGCUCCAUCCACCGACUGCGGUUCUCGUCGCUGUUCCAGUCGAAACUGUGUGGUCCGCGCAUGGGAUGUGGAGGUCGUUGGCCUAACAAAUGCUUUGAGGGACACGCGUUCAUUGUAGAGUGUCCAUGCAAUAACGUAUCCUCGUUGUCGACACAGGACACGGUCGAGGCAUGACGCUAAGAAACAAGAGGUGUAGAGCGAGGAGUGCGAGGACACCCUCCAAAUGAGUAUUUUUUGUGGAUCCAUGUCUUUGUUCUGGUUUUCUGUCGCUUCAAAGUGUGUUUUUCUAGCUGGGUGGCCGCAGACGUGAUUUGUAGGUUUCUACGGUCCCUAUUGGCUUCAAGCUGUGCAGGAAAGCAUAUUUUUUGGGCACAAUUUGAGAACAUGCAGAUGCGACUUGCUUUGGCAGGAGGCGCGCCGGCCUUUCGGUCAUUCCAUCCUUGGUUUCUUUCGUUUUCUUUGAUGCCUUCUGUUGUUUCUGGUGGCAAGAAGCGCCUUUGUCCUUGUUUCUCUUGACACACGCGCGAUGAAAUAUACAUCUUUGACUCUGUAAACCAGAGAGGACGAGGUAUAUCUGUUGGCACUCUGUCUUCCGAAAAGCUGCAAAGAGAUAGGAGUGAGAAGGUGGGGCAAGCACCACAGGGAGCAAGCCUCCAACCUCUCACACAAACUUAGAUGCACCCCGGUGGAUGGAUGGCAAACCUAUGCUUCGGCCGGGGCCGGCGGGGGGUGGCGAGCAGCGCACUCAGAAGGGAGGCGUGACGGAGAGCAAGAGCGGUAGUCGACAACGGCUGGGAGGGGCGUGAGGAGAGUGGUUGGUCGAUCGGUCCCACCGAGCGGAGCAUUCCGAUGGGGCUCGUGGCGGGCCUUGCAUCGCGCAACGGCCGCGACAGGCAUCUAGGGUGGCGUACGCGUUGCUGAUGAAGCGUCUUUUAGCCUUGGAAUUUGAGCAGUACAUUGCAGGUUCCUGUGUUUCGUGUGACGUUGCUUGUUGUAGUGUCUGUAGAUGACCUUUUUUCUGGGGAAAAGGGAAAGAUGUGAUCGAUUGGGGUAAGUGGGUUCUGGUUUUGGGCGCGUUCGGCGUUUUACGUUGCCGAAGGAGUUGCCGCGGUGGAAAAUAAGCGGUAAACCAGCGUGUAUCAGGGGCCUGUCUACAUGACGACAAUGAGGGUGCCAUACAGCUCGC